AUGUCCGACAAGUCCGGCAACCCCGGCAAGUCCGGGAGCGACGCUGGUCUGUCGAGCGCACUGCGCGCCGGCCGCGCCCUGAUCCUCCUCCAGCUCCUGAGCCGGCUGCUCACCUUUGCUCUCAACCAAGGCCUCGUGCGCCUAGCCUCUCCGGCCGUGUUUGGAACGGCGUCGAUCCAGUUCGACCUAAUCGCGGCCACGGUGCUCUUUCUUUCGAGAGAAGGUGUCCGCAAUGCGCUCCUCCGCGGCGGGACGUCUAACGGUGGCGGGCGACUUGCGCAGAUACCCCAGCAGCUCGGUCUUGCUGUUGCUGCGGCAACGGUCGGACUGUACCUUUACACGUCGCCCGUAAGCACGAAGGCGCAGAAGGACUUCUACCCCGCUCUCGCUCUCUAUGUUAUGGCUGCGCUGAACGAGCUCGCCAUCGAGCCGUUCUACAUCGCCUGCAUGCGUGACGGACGUAUGCGCGUCCGCGUCCAGGCCGAGGGUGGAAUGGCCAUUGUGCGCGCCGUCGUAUCUUUUGCGUGCCUGUACCUCUUCCCCGAUCACGCUCUCCUUGGUUUCGCCGUGGGACACUUUGCCGGCGCGGCAUGGCUUGCCGCGCGCUACAUUUCAGCUGGCGGUGCGCUGCAGGGUGACAGCGGGGACGAGAAGAUUCGCAGCCUCGCUUGGGCCAAUACACGGCAGAGUGUCGUCAAGCAUGUCCUGACUGAGGCGGACCGGAUUGCCGUUGGGCGCAUCUCGCCGCUAGGCGACCAGGGUGGCUACGCCGUUGCGAUGAAUUACGGUAUGCUACAGACAUGGCAUGGCUGA